UGGUGGAAAGGUGGAAUACUUCCCGUGUUGCUGCCGCUGUUUUUUUGUGCGGCUGUUUCUUCUGCUUGGAAAUUGGGGAUGAUGAGAGAUGUGUAGGGUUGCAAGAGAAAUGGAGUUGAAUUAAAGUAACGGACGGACUUUGAUACAAAGUGAAGAUACUUCGUAUCCAAGGAUAUAAAAGCAAGAGACUGGGAGAAACCACCAUUUGGUCAACAUAUUUCUAUUCAAAUCCAACGCACUUGAAAUGAAGCUAUUGAAGCCGAGUUGGGUCGGUCACAAUGGGAAACCAAUAUUUUCGGUUGACAUCCAUCCCGAUGGAACAAAGUUUGCCACAGGUGGCCAGGGAGAGGAUUCGGGGAAGGUUGUUAUAUGGAACAUGACCCCAGUGCUCCGAGAGGAGGCGGAGAAGAACGAGGCCACCCCCAAGAUGCUCUGCCAGAUGGACAAUCACUUAGCCUGCGUGAACUGUGUCCGCUGGUCGAAUAACGGGCAGUACCUGGCCUCUGGGGGGGAUGACAAGCUGGUCAUGGUGUGGAAGAGAGCUACCUUCAUCGGGCCCAGCACCGUCUUCGGCUCCAGCAGUAAACUGGCCAACGUGGAGCAGUGGCGCUGUGUGACCAUACUGCGCAACCACACAGGAGAUGUCAUGGACGUGGCGUGGUCACCUCACGACGUGUGGUUGGCCUCCUGCAGCGUGGACAACACCGUCGUCGUCUGGAACGCACGCAAAUUCCCAGAGAUAGUGACGUCGUUGAGGGGACACACUGGCCUAGUGAAGGGGCUGACGUGGGACCCGGUAGGAAAGUACAUCGCCUCCCAGGCUGACGACCACAGCCUGAAAGUGUGGAGGACCAUGGACUGGCAGCAGGAGACCAACAUCACCAAGCCCUUCAAUGAGUGCGGCGGGACCACCCAUGUUCUGCGCCUGAGCUGGUCUCCUGACGGACAGUACCUGGUGUCGGCCCAUGCCAUGAACAACUCCGGGCCCACUGCACAGAUCAUCGAGAGGGAUGGCUGGAAGACCAACAUGGACUUUGUGGGCCACCGCAAAGCUGUCACUGUUGUGAAAUUCAACCCCAAAAUCUUCAAGAAGAAACAGAAGAACGGCAGCUCUCCCAAGCCCAGCUGCCCCUACUGCUGCUGUGCUGUGGGAAGCAAAGACCGCUCCCUGUCCGUUUGGCUCACGUCUCUUAAGCGCCCUCUGGUGGUCAUCCACGACCUGUUCGAUAAAUCCAUCAUGGACAUCUCAUGGACCCUGAAUGGGCUGGGUAUCUUGGUGUGUUCUAUGGACGGUACAGUGGCCUACCUGGACUUCUCUCAGGACGAACUGGGAGACCCUCUCAAUGAGGAUGAGAAGAACGCCAUCCACCACAACAUCUACGGCAAGAGUCUGGCCAUCACCACUGAGGCCCAGCUCUCCACCACCAUCAUCGAGAACCCGGAGAUGCUCAAGUACCAGCAGGAGAGGCAGCGUGAGGAGCUCGCCCGACAGAGCCUCCCCCGCGAGGCCCAGGCACACAAACUGACCAGCGUCGUCAAUGGAGAGUCUCUGGAGGACAUCCGAAAGAACCUGUUGAAGAAACAGGUGGAGACGAGGACAGCCGAUGGGCGACGGAGGAUCACUCCGCUCUGCAUUGCCCAGCUGGACACGGGGGAUUUCUCCCCGGCCCUGUUCAACAGUGUGCCCAUCCUGCCAGGGUCAGUCACCCAGCUCCCCUCCCAGCUCUCCUCCGACUCCAACACGGCCACCUCCCUCGGCCUGCGCCACAGCCAGGAGCCCAUGUCCACUCCAGCGGGUGGAAAGUCCCAGGACGACGCCAAGGACGGUGUUUCCAGUGGCUUGGCCCAGGCCAACUCGACAGCCUUGAAGUCCAAUCUGCUCUUAACUGCCUCCACUAAGAUGGAACCAAUGAAAGCACUUGACUCCAGAUUCACAGAGAGGUCAAAGGCCACGCCGGGGGCCAGCAUCUCCUCCAUGGCAGGACUCGUCCCGUUGGACAGAGGGAAAGACGGCAGCACUUUAAAGGAGUCCAAACCCAAGGAGGAGACGAGUAGUGACAGCGAGGACAAGAUGACCGUGGCGAGGUCCCUCUCCUUCAAGAGGAAGCCCCACGACCCGGACGGGGGCGACAACCAGGUGGAGAAGAGGAAAAAGGGACGACCCAGGAAAAGUGAUCAGAAAAUGAUGACCCCCGGAAGCGGCCCGCCUCUCCAGCAGGUUCCCCCUUCAUCGGAGAAGGAACCUUGUCGUGUUGCUGCUGUUCCCAUGGCUGUCCUCCAACUGCCCACCCCCACCCCACAGAAAACCUUUACUCUUCAGGUGAGCAUGGAACCCCCAGUGUACCUGGAAGUGGAGAAUGAGUUCUCAACGGUGUCCGGAGCCAAACUCAGCCAGCUCCGUUGUUCCAGGGAGGGCAGGGAGUGGGACACACUGCUGCCCAGCCGGGUCAUCUCCGCAGCAGGCAGCAGCGACAUUGUGGCGGUGGCGUGCGUGGACCGGAUGUUGUCUGUGUUUUCGGCGUGCGGCCGGCGACUCCUCCCCGCCAUCCUGCUGCCCGGGCCCAUGUCCACACUGCACUGCUCUGGCUUCUACGUCAUGGCGCUCACGGCAUGCGCCACCCUGUCCGUCUGGGACGUGCAGAAACAGAGUGCUCUGGUGAGGAACGAGUCCUUGCAGACCAUACUGUCAGGCACAGAGUGUACGGUGACCCAGUCUCUGCUAACCCAGCAGGGGGUUCCCGUCAUCAGUCUGUCCAGUGGGAAGUCUUACUGCUUCAACUUCUCCCUGGAGACAUGGAACUUGAUCGCUGAUAAACAAGACUUGCUGGUUCAGUGUGCCGACUUCAGGAACUGUCUCUCCUCCCAAGACACCGCUGUUUCCCAUGGUCCCCUGGCCGUCAUGCAGGGCCGCUGUCUCAACGCGGGUCGCCUGGCCUCCAGACUGUCCUCUACUCCUCACAGCCUGCAGCAGGGCAUGACCCUGGCCUUCCUCGAGAACCAGCUGGCCUCAGCCCUCAUCCUGCGCUCCAGCGUCGAGUAUCGCUAUUGGCUCCUCAUCUACGCACGCUUCCUGGUCAACGAGGGCUCUGACUAUCGUCUACGGGAACUCUGUAAAGACUUACUGGGACCGGUCCACAAGUCUGCCAGCAGUGCCUGGGAACCGACAACUCUGGGCCUGCGGAAGAGGGACCUGUUGAAAGAGCUGCUGCCUGUAAUUGGACAGAACCUGCGCUUCCAGAGGCUCUUCACUGAGUACCAGGAUCAGCUGGAGCUGCUCCGCGGCAAAUAGCACUUCCCUUCCCCCCCGCUGUCCAGUGCUGCUCCACCCGGGCUACUGACAGACAUUCCCUCACCCAGUGGACAUUGGCUCCAUUCAGCCAGACCUCCGCCAUUCCUCUCCACCUAACUCAACCUCCGUCAGGCAAAGAACCACAGUUACCCGGGACCUGGAGCGCAGAAAAACGGCAAUGAAUAAUGACACAAACUGAUGCAUUGUCGCUAAGUAGCCAUGAAUAAUUGAUUGAUUUGAUUAAGUUGAUGACGACAGUGAUAAUUAUGUUGAUGAACCGUAACGGUGUGGGGGGGUGGGGGGGGGCAGAGACAGUGCCGCCAGUCACGCCGGAGGCAUCCAGGGGGAUUAUUUUUCUGGGAAGACGGUGGGGAAAGCAUAAACCUGGAUUUGGAUCUGCCACUUGAAGCACAACAGCCCGUCCGCCUGAAGCCCGCCGUUAUGUGUGGUUAAAGCCCACAGUUGUGUGUGUGGUUGAAGCCCGCCUUGACUGACUGGAUCACAGCCCAAUCCCUAUAGCAUACAGUCCCCCGCCUUCACAUGCCCUGGGGUGUGAAUAUACAGGGUCAUUUGGGGUCACGACUACGGCUAAAUGUAAUGUGAAAAGGACAGCCAGCGCGAAGAGAGGGAAGACGUGUUCUGCCACGAAUCACCGUACUCCGGCCCAAGUUUUUCGAAAGAUCUCUCUGGAUUCAUCGGUUGCGUAGGAAUCGAACGGAUAAUCAUUGACUCGAAUGGGGACUCCUGUUAUAUUCACUGUUUCUAUCCGUUUGUUCCGAUCCAAAGGUGAUAUCUGGAUUGAUCGCUUUUGAGAAACUGUGCCAAGACAUUGAACAGUACCCUUCUCUUCCAUACUCCCCUUUACAGAAUUUGUACAGCUUCUUUUCCGUCAAUCAUUUUUAAAUGUUUGUACAACUUAUUUUCCAUUUUCUACAAAAAAAAGAGAGAAAAAAAUAGAAACGGCAAUGCUUCUGUUAGAGGAAUUAAAUAAACAAUCAACAAAUGAU